GGUGAGAGUCGGAUAAAAACGUUUACGUCGAGCCAAACUGGUUUCAUUUGCGUUCCGAUCGGCGACUCUUCAGGACAAAAAGUUUGUUGUCACUGCCACUUCUAGUGGAGUUGUUAUUCUUCAGUGGCAGGUAGUGGCUACAUAUCCAAAAAAUGUUGGUGCAUUUUGUUUUGCUUGUUUGGAUCUCCCUAAUGGUCCGGUCAGGUAAAGCUCAGAACUUUGAACCCCACGAGGCGUCCCACGUGGCCCUCAUCGGCUGGACUCACGCCGAUGGGAUCAAGUUUGACUGCACGGGAUCGUACAUCGGCAAGAACAUGAUCCUAACUGGCGCGCGCUGUCUCGAACGCAACGGAACACGUGCCGACGUCGUACGGCUUGGAGCAGCCGUCGGAUCCCCGCGGGACUUUGCCAUCAAGGAUGUGAUUGUCCACUAUCGGUACCAGGCCGAGUACUACUACCACAACAUGGCAAUCGUAUACCUGAAAGAGGAACCUCAGAGUGUUUCGAAGAUCUUCAAGCCGGCCUGCAUUCUGUCGACCCUCCCAACACCAGCCACGCAAAUUCACCUGAUCGGCAGGGACGCCGAAGGUGUGUUCCAGAAGACCGCCGUCGAGCUGGUCGAUUCGGACAAAUGUCACGAGUAUUACAGUCCCACGAAAAAGUUCAAAUAUGGCGCCCUGUUGGUGUGCUGUAUGUGUGCUAGAAGUGCGAAGACGACGACCAAGUGUGCGAGUGAACUGUCGGCGCCAAUGCAGACGAUCGUGGAGACGAACGGCAAACGAGUGCCAUUUUUGGUGGGACAGAAGACGAUCGGACGAUCGUGUGGGUCAAAGAUUCCGGGGAUUUACACGCGGCUCAGCUCGGAUGGACACUUUCCAUGGAUUGCGACCAUCGCGGGGAUCGACUUUGCCAACCACGACGCUUGCUUCGAGCGCUAUUGAUUGGCAGACCCCUUCCCGGAUUACGGCAAGACGGAUAAUAAUCUCUACCUUCAGCACUUUUGACAUCAUAUAAUAACACCCUCUGUUUUAGCGUCGACAUUUAAUUUUGCUUGGGAAAACCGGCGUCCAGCUUAAUGGUGCGGCUAUUGCGAGCUUGCUAAUUUAUUAUCGCUUGAAGAUUGCAUGCAGUUUAUUACGUAAUAAAAGGAUGAGUAGUCUCUUAAGAAUUCAUUAAAACAAGAACUAAAAGAAAUGUGCACUGAAAAGAAUCUU